UCAGGCUCAGCUGCAGUGAAUGGAAGCGAGGCGCGCGCACGCAGAGAUCACUCGCCCUUGCUUGUUAUUAACGUUAAUAACGUUAUCUCUCGCGUCACUCAUGUCCCCGGCGACGACGACGGCCGCCGCAGCAGCCGAGGAGCGGAACGGGAACUGCGGUUCAGGUGCACCGCUGUGAUUGAAAUACGCGGAAGUUUUGACGCCACCGAGCAGAAAGGAGAUGAGCACACCGCUCAAAGGAUAGCCCCCCUCCGCCUCCCUCCUCCUCCGCUCCCCUCCCUUCGGUUUGUGGACAAGUGUUUAUCCGCUGCGAGGCGAGAGCUCGGUCCGUGAUGGGAUUCCUUCAGGAGCGACCUGCCGCUUAUCGUUAACCCCUCUGGAGGUAAGGAGUGAAGCCAAACGACGGUUAACUAACAAAAGAGACCCGGUGGGGUGUCGGACGGGAGCAGCCUAUACGAGAAGUGCUCCGUUUUGAGUUUGUGCUGGCGAAAGUUGACUACAACAUCCCCGUCGGUUAGUUGGCAACUAAAUAUGGAUGUCAGUUAUUUGUAACGCACUCGGGAGAAGUCGUGUGUCCCGUGAAGCGAGGCUGUUUCCUACAUGUAGCGACUUGACAGCCCCCUCCCUGCCAGCUCCACACAUUAUCGCUUCUUUAACCAUUACCAUCAUCUCCGGUGCGGUUCGGGCACAGCUGUGAAGGCGGUCGACGCACACAAACUUGUGUUGGUGGACAGGAUUACUGGACACAAAACGGUAGAUGCGAGGUAUCAUACAAACAGCAUGCCACUUGAUGAAGGAACUUCUCUUCAGAGAUCGGGAUUGGAUACUAAAGCUGUGAUGUUUGGCAAGUUUUUGUUACCUGUGCUGAGAACUCAAUAAGUUUUGGAAGAAUAACUUUUCUAGAGUUUCACAGAGGAUUUAUUAAACAGCUGUGGUAAUUCUUGAUGACCGGUGGUCUUGGAAAAGUGAUGGAGACAGAAGAAAGGGAGGAUGUUUCACAAAAACACACAGCUAAGGUGGAGGCAGAGGAUGAGGUAACCCCAUGCCACACCUGCGGGGUGUGUGGCCGCAGUUUUCCACUUCUAAGCUCUCUAUCUCAGCACAUGAGAAGACAUACUCGGGAGAAGCCUUACAAGUGUCCCUACUGUGAGCACAGGACAGCUCAGAAGGGCAGUCUAAAGGCCCAUAUUAGAAGCCAUAAAUUGGGCCUUUUGAGCCAAAACCUCAGUGACAGGGAGGGGGAUGGAGAUGAAGGGCAGAAAGAGGAUGCUGAUAUAACUGACCCUCCUGAGCUCAGUAGCCCACCUGAUAAAGCUCAUAACAUUAAUGGAAAGGUCAAGAAGAAAACAACCAAGAAAAAGGUUAAGGGUAAAGAUGGUGUUGAGGUUAGCGAUGGAGGUGAUGACGGACCUUUUUGCUGCACCAUUUGUGGCCAGGUUUUCCCUCAGGUAUUACUCCUCAAGUCCCACAUGAAAAGGCACCGUGGCUCUCAGGAUCACGGUUGCCGGAUAUGUGGACGACGCUUUCGCCAAGCGUGGUUCCUCCAAAGUCACAUGCGCAUUCAUCGAGUGAAAGCCCAGCUAAGGGGCAGCAAAAGCAACGAACCGCCUGCCACUAUCAAUGGGGUUCCUCAGGACCCAGCAUUACUGAUGAAUGAAGAGUGCCUCUAUGAGCUCUGUGCAGGCUGCGGUAACUUCUUCAAUGACCGCAGGACACUGCAGAUACAUGAAAAGUUGCAUAAACUGAAUCACACUCGCACUCAGAUGCAAAACCCAACACAAGGAAAUGUGGAGUCCCCCGAGGUGCAAGAUGCUAAGAGGCAGUUUUUGGAAAGCCUGAACCUCAUUUCUGCUGGACCCAGGGAAAGCCCUGCGGAAGUGAAGCCGGGCAGUCGAAUUCCUGAGCUGGAUCCAAUUUGUAGUUACCAGUCAUGGCAGUUAGCUACAAGAGGACGGCUAGUGGAGGCUACAGAAAAAUGUCUGGGAUGGGAGGAGAGAUUAGCUGAUGCGGAAGUGGCAUAUGACAUAGAAAAAGGCGAGUACGUCCCCUUGAAGCAAGAGAAAAAGAGAAAGCCAAAUGACACAGCCGGCUCCAAUCUUAAGAAGAGGAAGGGUGACGCAGGCCUUGAUCACAAAGGUGGUGACAAAAAGAUUAGCCAGAAGGACUCUAUUCUGCUGAAUGGACUUGGUCAAGCAUUUUAUGAGGCACUACAGACUAAAAACGUUAAAGAUGUUCACUCCUCAUCUAAACAGACGAAGAACAUCAAGAGCCUGGACCAGGAAGAUAAAAAAAAAUAUUUCUGCGAGCACUGUGAUUUCCACACUGUUGACACCGCGCUACUCAGGUCUCACCUGCACACGCAGCACCAGGACUUCCUGAGUUCCUACAGCAAACAGAGCACCAAUUUGGACAUAAGCAGAAGUGGUUCCAAAGCCUCAAGAUACAUGGACUACCUCAGAAGCAGGAGCAUCCUGCUCAGUCAGCCAUAUUGGAAUCCAUAUUCAUGUUCUCCAAGCCAGGAGUUAGUAGAGUCAAACAUUAAAAUGGAAAAGACAAAUGGCUCAGAGGUGAAAGAGCAGGGACAUGCUACUGGCGAUGCUAGCAGCCUCCUCAAUCUUUCUUCUUUACCCAUAACUGAUGUUAGUUUUCCAGUAAAAACACAGGGCCUGGUGAGACAUCAGUGCCCAUACUGCUCCCACACCACCAACUACCCAGAAGUACUGUGGAUCCAUCAGCGUGUUGCCCACAGGGUGGAUGGCAGCAGCACCAUGGCACCCAAGUGGGCACCUAGCAUUAAUAGUCUCAAGAGUUUAAAGGCAGGUGCUUCUCAGUGGAGACGCACAGGGCCGCCACCCUUCCUCGAAGGCAAGGACUGUCCAGCUUUGCCUACUCCAAGAACGCAGCGCACACAGCCUCCCGGUGUCACAAACCAUGGCAGCAGCAGCAGCAAUAAGCAGUCGUCCCACAAGAAUCAAUCAAGCACCUUGAAGUCCAAGCAUCAGUCAAAGGACUCACGACCUUCAGAUGCGACACAGUCUAGUGGCAAGGUUGGACUCCAAAAUCAAAAGAAGGAGCAUAACCGAACAGUGGAGGGUGGAUCUAAAGGCUCCAGCACCCAAGCUACUUCGUCAAACAGCAUUGUGAACAGCAAGAGUCUCCAGAGCUUGCAGCCUACAAGCAGCCCAAAACAAAGAGGCAACAGAGUCACUGUGGAGGGGAACUUCCCACAGGAGGGUUUGGGUUUUAUGCUGGCAAGAAAUCGCAGUGGGAAUUCUUCUUCUUCUUCUAACACAGAUAAGCUCCACUCUCGCAGGCAUUCAAGUGACUUUUCUUCAGGUCCCAAAGGUUCUGAUCUCUGGGCUGCCAUGAAUAUGUGGGGGCUACACGGAAGCAAAGCAUAUUUAGAUACACUCCGAAUAUCUCAGGGAAAGAGUGAAUCAACAGGAGAAACGCCAACGGACAUCGAUAUUUUAAGUCUCCUGAAAAACUACAGUCCACAUGAUCUGGCAUCUCUCUAUCAGCACUGGGGCUUUGUUGAUCCCAGGCUUGUUUCACAGGCAACGAUGCAGUUAAAUGGAAACUUUGGAAAUGAAGUCCAUUCCUCGUCUGAAGCUUCCAAACAGAUGAACAGCCACUCCACUUCAUCCUCAGGGUCUCUGCAUAAAGGAACGUAACGAAACAUUGUGCUUCUCUUGGUUGCAAAGUUCUAACUGCUGAAAAAAGAGAGGCCUGCUGUUCUUCAAAGGAACUAGCCAUAACUCCUGGAGAGCACAGAGGCUCUGGAAUAUGCACAAUAUAUGCAAAGCAAUGCGGUGGACUUGUUUGAUUUUGUAUUAUGACUGUUUGAUUUGAAGUGUUAAGCAUGUUACGAGUGUAGAUAUGAUAGUUAAAUAAACACACAUGAUGUGUUUUUGAUUAUUUUAUUUGGUGAAAAUGAGGCAAAUGUUCAGGAUUAUUGUACAAAACAACAGGAAAGCAUUGUAGAAGUACCACAGCCAGGUGGAAAUUAAAUGUAGAGCCACAACUAUGUGGCUAAACAGAUGUUCUCUUGGCUUUAGGCCCAGAUAUCUGCUUGUUUUUGGUUACAAAAAGUAGAUCCUUGCAGAGCAAUACAACAUACCAAAUCUUACAACUCAUAAUUCCACUAAAACAGCUGUGAUGCAAAUACAUGUUUUUAACUGCUGUAUAUCAGUGUCGAGUUUAAGUUUGUUGUUUUGUUUCAUGUACAAAUGUCUUCUUUUUUAAGUUUUUAAUUUCCUUGGCUGAGUAUGUGAUUUUUGUUGCAGAUAACGUGGUGUCACUUGUGUUUUUAGACCACAAUUUAAAUAAUAAUAAUAAUAAUAAUAAUAAUUUAAAAACUGCGAACAGCUUUUGAGUCAACGUUUUGAGUUUGCCAGUUUUUAUUUGGUCAAAAGUUAUUUGUCACUAUGCACCAUCUCAAGAGUAGUCUGGGCAAAUUCAGAGGACUCUCCUUUAAAAUGCAAGUGUUGACCCAAGGCCUUAGUCACACAAGCCUAGAGACCUUUUUGCAAACCCCUGGCAGACUUUUGGUACCCUAACAGCUGGUGAGUCGUUCCUGGAGGUUGCUGAGUGAGAUGUGUUGCAAGGAAAAAAUGUGUCGCACCAAAAAUCUUCUUGUCAUUGCUUUGGUCAUUAGCAUAUUAAUGCUAUCACUCAUUGUUUACACUGGAAAUGUUGAUUUGUAUGCUAGCACUUGUCAACUUGUCACUUUAACCAAGACAUUUCAGAAGGCACAACUCUUACUUUAAAGGUAAAUGUUCUACAUUGCCCAGUUUGCACUUCUCUUUUUAAAAUAUUUUUGGCCUUUUUACAGCUUUCUUUGAAAGGGUACAGUGAAGAAUAAAAGGAAAGCAGAGGAGCGAGAGCAGGGAAGGCACAGGUCAGAUUCAAACCCAGGCUGGCUGCUCUCAGCCAUGCGGCAUAUGGGCGCUUGCUCAUCACAGUGAGCUAAACCGGCACCUCACUAUUCCCACUUUUCAUUGUUUGACUGACACUCGACAAGUAGUUGGCGACUGUUUGCAACAUCUUCUGUAUAAACUGCAGGGGAUCACAGCAAUGAGAGACCAAAGCAAUAACAAGGUUUUUGUUGCGGCACCUUUUUGAUGACCAAUAUCAACAAGCAGCCAUCCGCCUGGUGACGUGGACACCAGUAAAUGCAAUACCUCGUAUGUGGCCCACGGUGUAAAAAGACUUUGACAUCCCUGCUCUAAGGUUUUAGCAGAUGUUUUCACAGAACAACAAGCAGCCCAUUUUCCCCUAGCAACUGAUGUUUGAAAGGUGGUUGCCAAACGGUCGCUAUCCCUGUGUGACCAGGGCCUAAGACAGAAAUAGUGCUUUUUUUUCCUGUCAGUUUGGAAUCAGUAUUUUUCCUAAGGUCAGAUAUGUAAUUCAGUUGCUUCGAGCACAGCAAUGCCAUCGAGUCCUCUAGCUCUGCUUCAGGUUAACAAACUGCUCCGUUGUAGUUUACAGUAACUUCAGCAGAAUCUUUUUGACCAGUGAAACAGCACAACCAGAAACGGUGCCCUAAUGUUUAUCUUGUAUUUUGUUAAUGAAAAGUCGUUGGCCAUUUUCCAAACUUUAGGUCCAGGAUUGAUGUGAAAAAUGAAUCUAGACUCACGCUCGUCAUCGAAGCCAGUCUUCAAAAAGGGUCUCAGAACAACCAGUGAACAAUGAAAAGUGCUGCCAUGUUUUUAUUUUUAUUUUAAAUCCAAGUUUAAAAUUUAAAUGCAACAAUUUGCCCUUAUGUUUUCAAUUAGAGCGCAGACAUCUGCACUUCUUUUGGCAUUAUUCUAGUGAUGUAGCCAUUUAAUGCUGUGAUUUAUUUCUUUUAGAAGUAGAACUUUUAGCAAUGAGCAUUUCUACUGAUCCAAAACUCACCUCAGUCUCCAGUUGUUUUCAUGUGUUUCAUUGUUUGCAGAUUUUAGUAUGUUUACAUUUCAAUUCCUCCUUCUCAGUGUAUUCAUAUCCCAUAGAGACGUAGUCUAUGCAUUUAACUAAAAGCCAUCAACUUAUGGAUUCUUGGGCAAUCUUAAGAAUCCAUAAUUAUGAAAGCACUGACUUUAAUCUGUGUGGAGAGAUUUUUCUUCUUUUUGAUAAAUAUUGUAAAUGAUAGUUUUAUUUAAUGGUCUUUGUUUGUUUGCUAUGAGUCAGAUUUCAACAAUUAAAAAGUAUUUGAUAUUUGUAGUAGCAGAACAUGUUAAAAACAUGUUGAAUUUUCGUCACCUUUGAGGUCAGGGUCAGCGGGGUGUGACGCUCCCACAGCAGGUAUCACUGAGCCUGUGUUUUGCAACGACCCUGUAACUGUAACUCCUGUUUGGCAUGAAGAGACAGGAAGCACUGAGAGAGGGAUAUUUACGCAAGUCUGAACUCUUAUGCAAACCUCCAGCUUACAGUUGAGCUCUCGCUGGGUUCAUUUUUGUGACUAUGUAAACAUGUUUCAUAGUUAUUAUGUUGGUUCAGAAUUUAUAUUUUCGACAGAUCAACAAUUUUUGUCUGACUGUAAAAUUCAAAUAAAGUUGGUUGAUGCCGAUGUGC